AACAAAGGAAGCCCUGCUCUGCGUUUCCACGCGCACGCACAUGGCCACAAGCAAAACGACGUGCGCGCUUCCGCUGUGUGAAGCGACAAGAUGGCGGUGGCCGCCGGAUCAGUUGUCAAAGUCCCUCGCAAUUUCCGGCUCUUGGAGGAGCUGGAAGAAGGCCAGAAAGGUGUGGGUGAUGGGACGGUGAGCUGGGGUCUGGAGGAUGAUGAUGACAUGACCUUAACACAUUGGAGAGGGGUGAUCCUCGGCCCCACGAGGACAAGCUUUGAAAACAGGAUGUACAAUCUGAAAGUUGUAUGUGGGCCAGAAUACCCAGAGUCACCACCGUUUGUCAAAUUUGUGACAAAGAUCAACUUGAAUGGCGUGCACACCUCCAGCGGUGAGGUUGACGUGAAUGCGGUGACUGCACUGGCCAAGUGGCAGAACUCCUACAGUAUCCGGAUGGUGCUGCUGGAGCUGCGACGGAUCAUGACCUGCAAGGAAAACAUGAAGCUUCCUCAGCCACCCGAGGGCCAGAUCUACAACAACUGAGCCCCUGCUACUUUUGCCUCCAUUGCCCCCUUGACUUAUUUUUUGUUGUUGCUUUCAUCCCUUUAUUCCCAACCCCUCCCCAUGUGACAGCCCCCCUCAUGCCAACACCUUGACUGAACACACACACACACAUAUGGCUGACGACGUAUACAAUAACAGAUGCAUGCAAACAUACUCUCAUAUCUGUAUACACAAUCACCCAGCAGAAGACUGAAGUCUACAGUAAUGGCUACAUGCAAACAUACGUACGCAUGUACACAUUUAUCCACACACACACACACACACACACACACACACACAGGUAUAAUAUACGUACACUUCUAUAUGUAAACACACACUUGUUGUUUGAGUCAUUCCAGCCCCCCCCCCCCCCCAUCACUGGAGCUCUGGGUGGACUCAAUGUGACGAGGCAGGCGGAGUCCUCAGUCCACACCAGAUAUGAUCGUUUGAAUACUGUACAUGUUACUAAUCUUUUUUUUUUAUUAUUAUUUGUUAAACAUGCAGAUUGUACAAUAACAUAAAUAAUCUUAUUGAGUGUA